UUCUCGUCUCAGCAAUAUAGUUUCCCAUCAAAACCGUUAAUAAUUCAACGGCAAAUGUAACCGUUUCACAGAAAGCCACAAUGGGAUUCACACCGAGAAGCCUUCUUUGUGUUAAUCCGUCGAAGGUGCUUCUGUUGUUGCCUUUUCUGUUGACAUUGUUGCUCGUCGGGGGCCAAGGCGAGAGCAACGCGAUGGACAACGUCGCCACUGAGAGGCUGGCGGAGGAGAGCCACCGACAGGACAGCGCCAACCUGCUCAUAUUCAUAAUGCUCCUCACGCUCACCAUUUUAACGAUAUGGUUGUUCAAACACCGGAGGUUUAGGUUCCUGCACGAAACGGGACUUGCCAUGAUAUACGGCGUGCUGGUUGGUGUGAUCCUGCGUUUUGGCGUCCACGUGCCCCAGAGCAUGAGCGACGUGAUCCUCGGUUGUGCCGUCAACGCCAGUCCUGCUACUCUGCUGGUCAACGUCAGCGGGCGAUUCUACGAGUACGCUCUGAAGGGGGAAGUCAGCCGUGGCAACGGUCACCAAGUGCAGGACGAUGAGAUGCUGAGAAAGGUGACCUUUGACCCUGAAGUGUUUUUCAACAUUUUGCUGCCUCCCAUCAUCUUCCACGCCGGCUACAGUCUGAAAAGGAGACAUUUCUUCAGAAACAUUGGCUCCAUCCUGGUCUAUGCUUUCAUCGGAACAGUUAUCUCCUGCUUUGUUAUUGGGCUGAUCAUGUAUGGCGUUGUGUCCUUCAUGAAAGUCGUGGGCCAGCUUGGGGGCGAUUUUUACUUUACUGACUGCCUCUUCUUUGGCGCCAUCAUUUCAGCAACAGACCCCGUGACGGUGCUGGCUAUCUUCAAUGACCUUAAAGUAGAUGUGGACCUGUAUGCUUUACUUUUUGGCGAGAGUGUCCUCAACGAUGCGGUGGCCAUUGUGCUCUCUUCCUCCAUUGUGGCGUACCAGCCUGCAGGAGACAACAGCCACAGCUUUGAGGCCUUGGCCAUUUUGAAAUCCUUCGGCGUCUUCCUGGGCGUCUUUAGCGGAUCCUUUGUUCUUGGGGUGGCCACCGGAUUCAUUCUUGUUUGGCUCCUUGACUUUAGUCUUCAUCACGUCACCAAGUUCACGAAGCUGAGGGACUUCCCCUUGCUGGAAACGGCUCUCUUCUUCCUCAUGUCGUGGAGCACCUUCCUACUAGCCGAGGCCUGCGGGUUCACAGGUGUAGUAGCUGUGCUGUUCUGUGGGAUCACUCAGGCUCACUACACCUUCAACAAUCUUUCCCCCGACUCUCAGGACAGAACCAAACAGUUGUUUGAGCUGCUGAACUUCCUGGCCGAGAACUUCAUCUUCUCCUACAUGGGUCUGACUCUCUUCUCCUUCCAGUCACACAUCUUCAACCCUAUGUUCAUUGUCGGAGCUUUUGUGGCAGUGUUUCUGGGCAGGGCUGCCAACAUCUACCCUUUGUCUUUCCUGCUCAACCUGGGCCGCAAGAACAAAAUUGGAUCCAAGUUUCAGCAUGUCAUGAUGUUUGCAGGACUUCGUGGGGCGAUGACCUUUGCUCUUUCGAUCAGAGACACGGCGACUUAUGCUCGCCAGAUGAUGUUUUCAACUACCCUCCUAAUUGUCUUCUUCACUGUCUGGAUCUGCGGAGGAGGCACCACGCCCAUGCUGUCCUUCAUGAGCGUAUCGGUGGGUGUGGACUCUGAUCAAGACCACUCUAGUUCGGCGGUGUUGGAUGGGUCCCAGCAGAGGAACACCAAACAUGAGAGCGCCUGGCCCUUCAGGAUCUGGUACAACCUCGACCACAACUACCUGAAGCCCCUCCUGACGCACAGCGGCCCUCCUCUCACUGCUACGAUGCCGACUUGUUGUGGACCGCUGGCCCGAUGCCUCACCAGCCCACAGGCCUAUGAGAACGAAGGCCGGCUCCAUGACGACGACUCUGACUUCAUCCUGAACGAUGCCAGCGUGAACUCCAUGUACGCCGACAUCACCGUCAGCAUGGACGCAUCCGGCCGCACCAUCAACUGCUCCUCCAGCACAAGGGCCUCUGACGACGGUCUGGACCACGAGCUCGCCUUAGCGGAGCACGAAGUGGCUAUCAGGGGCACCCGCCUGGUCCUGCCCAUGGAUGACCCGGUGGAGCCCCCGGCCACUGUCACCUUGCCCCCGCCUCCCUCCCUGCCGCGCUCUGAACCUCGCAGGCACAGACUUUAAGAAGUGUUACACUAUCAGAAGGCAGUUUUCUGUUUUCAGCUUUAAAAAAAAAAAAGAGAAAAGAAGCACAACUCAUCUCAUUUGAUUUCACAAGAAAAUGGCAUCUUUUAGCUUAUUUGUUUGGAUUUGUUAUUGGAAAACAAACUGCUUCGCGUAAGUGGCCCUGUGGACGGGAGCAGCUCCCUACAAUGGUUUUAAAAUAGCCCCCGUUUGGUGUCAGACUUCAGGAGUGCUUGAUUUAACUCAUUUAGGUAGAUUACUGUAAUACCUGAAUGUGAAUGCACUACAUGUACGAUGAUGUGCAACUCGAGUCUAAAGGUUACUUCGAAGAUGCACAUUUUGGGAAGCUUAAAGAAAUGGGGCUGUUGUAUUUGCCCCUACGUUUGUACUGCUGUGGUGCCGUUAGAGCUGUUAUCAACGCUCUAUAAAAGCCCCAAAUCCCUCUGACCUUAUGGACAGAGCUCUAGAUGUUACAUUUGCAGUUUACCCUUUUCUUUUUGUUGAAGUUGCUCCAGACAACACGACCUGUAUGUGUCUGGCUUCCUGCAAGUAUUCAUGAGAUGACGUCUGGUCUCAUUUAGCACAUUUUACAGGCACUAAAUCGUUGCUCUCGUACCACUUACUAACAUUCAGUUGUGUAAAAUAAUAUUAAUUAUUCAUUACCGAUGUUACUCAUCUAUCCACAGACUGGUAAGUGUCCAGUCUGUUUGUCUCCCUUUGAAAGUUUACAUGCGCAGAAGGUGAUUGGCCGAGGUCGGAGCAUCUAGACGAGGACGUUGAUGCCGACUGUGAUGGAAGCAGUAUAAAGAGUUUAGAAUUUUUAUUGAAACAAAAAUGUGCGACAAGACUGCAAGAAGAUACCAUUUGGCCCCAAAACAUCAAACUGCUUCCACAACAGGGUCCAGGAGCGUCUCUAUUAUCCUAAAUGUGAGCAUUGACUGCCUCUUUUACGUAUUCAUUUAUUUAUUUGACCAAAAAAAUUGCUAUUUAUGUGAUGAUUUAUUUUAUAUAUUAAUUAUUUAUUUAUUGUUUCGUGAUAUUAAUGAUUAUCUUGCUCGGUUUGAAAAUAGGGCGUCUCGGUGGUCCCUAACAAAGCACUCCAGCUCUUCCCACACAAGCCACAUUGCACAAUAAUGAAGUUAUGAUGGAGCUGGAUAUUAAUCCGAGGAGUGUGUUAAAGUAUCUCCUUCCUGUUCUGUAGCAGAUUCUUUAUUGGAAACUAGUGUGUGUGUGCGUGCGUGCGUGUGUGUGUGUGUGCGUGUGUUUUAUUAUUUGUGUGUGGCUGAUGUCAGAAUACUAUUGUCCAAAGCUAUCAGGGCUGAUGUCUGUUUCUGGGUCUUCUGCCUUCAUCUGAUUUCAUUAUCUUUAAAAAAAAAAAUAAGAAAAGUAACUGCCGUUUUCUUUGUGAUGUUGUAUCAACAAAGAUGACUGAGGGCUGGCUGAACUGUUUUGACUUAAAGUGCCUAUUCAGAGAUUCAAUUAUUUAAUGUAGAUUUUGUACAUAUUUUGAUUUGCUAAUGUCCAGUAAAAUUACCUUUCUUGGUUUUUAUAUGACACAAAACCCUUUGACUGAUGUUGAAUAGUGUGCUUCCAGUAUGAUUAGGCCAUGAGGUGGAGAUCACAAUAGAGUAAAACAUCGUACUUUUGUUAAUGGGGAAUACGUAUCACUAAUAAUUAUUGGAUAUAAAAAUGUAUUCCAAAUGAAUUCAACAAGAAGCCUCAUAUUCGAAGGUCAAGGCAAAGACAGAAGGCCGCCGCUGACCUUUUACCAAUGCAGUGUUUUUAGUUCCUUGUGUGGAAACCAACACUGUGUAUUCUGUUCCCACCUCAGUGAGAGAUAUUUUGGGCUCUAGUUCACCCUCGUUUGUGCUGUUUUCUGCCCGGUGAUUUUAAUGAUUGAGGUAGGAAUUCAGACGUGAAAGAAAUCCCAUUUUCAAAUGUUCAAAAGUGCAUUUAACUCUGUAAAGCUGCACAUGAGUUGUCUUUCUAAUCUAAACGUUAUUCUUAAUACGAGGUUUGAGAUUCUGCAGAAUUAUCCACAGGAUGAGUGAAUUUACAUCAUUUCUAUCAGUAAGGUAUUUUUCAUUUGUUGAAAUGUUAUUGAACUGUAAAAAACACUAUGUUUAUAUGUGAAUUUUGACGAAACAGUGAAUGCAUCUUACAAUAGCAACCGCACCGCAACUAGAACAAAGAAAUCUGAAAAUGUUUAAGUUUCUAUCAUCUGUAGAAAUUGUUAGUGAAAAGUUGUAUUUGUGAAAAGUAAACCUGCAAAGUCUCUACGUCAAUGUUUAUAAAAUGUGAACUUUUGAGGGGGAUAUAAUCUCUGAUUCAAAAGAUUGUUCCCUGUAGUCCUGAUUUAAUAACAAUGUCUCAGUCUGACAACUGCAUUGUAACCUACCUGAAGAUAAUAAAAACAAUUCUUGGAAAUUG